AAAAAAAUAAAAUUAAUCAAUUAAUAUAUAUACUAUACCAAUAACUAAAAAUAUUAAAAUCAUUGAAUAUCUCUUCUCUUCAUUCACUCUUGGUUUCUCUUUCUCUAUUUUCUCUCUGUGUAUCGUUUGAAGCCAUAACAAGAAGAGAAAGAAAGAACCAUGGUUUCAACGAGACGCAACAGUGGUGGAUCUUUCCCUUCCAACAAUAACAACAACAACAACAACAACAACUCUAAAAGACCUUCUUCAUCUUCCGAUGACAAACCUCCUUCUUCUCCUUCUCCUAAGCGUCAAAAGGCUGACAAUGGUGCUACUGCUGCUGAGAAACCGAUUUCUCCGGCGGAGAAUUCCAAGGAUUUCUCUACUCCUGACCCUCCCGCCGAUCCCGGAGAAUGUCGUGACACCGAUGCUCAGAUCGAUGAACCGGCAGUAACUGCUGAUGAUAAAACCGAUGCAACUCCACCGAUCGCUGACGGUUCUUCGCCGACUCUGGUAGCUGAUAAACCUAGGGCUUCGUUUUCUUCAUGGAGUAUAUAUCAGAAGCAAAACCCGAACCUUGAGUCUUCAGCUCCAUGGUGUCGGCUUCUGUCUCAGUCUGCACAGCAUCCAAAUGUUUCCAUUUGCAUACCCAACUUUACUAUUGGCUCUAGCAGAAAUUGCAACUUUCAUUUGAAGGAUCAUACUAUAAGUGGAAAUUUAUGCAAGAUCAAACAUACACAGCGCGAGGGACUUGAUGCGGCUGUGCUAGAAAGUACGGGUAGCAAAGGAUCUGUGCUAGUUAAUGGGACACUUGUCAAGAAGAAUAACUGCUGCGCGCUUAACUCAGGCGAUGAGGUGGUUUUUGGCUUGCAUGGAAAUCAUUCUUAUAUUUUUCAGCAAGUAAACACCGAGGUUGCAGUUAAGGGUGCAGAAGUUCAGAGUGGUGUUGGUAAAUUUAUGCAACUUGAAAGGAGAAGCGGCGACCCUUCAGCCGUGGCUGGGGCUUCUAUCUUGGCUUCUCUUUCUAAUCUCAGGCAGGAUCUUACAAGAUGGAAGUCUCCAUCUCAGACUGCCAGUAAACCUCACCAGGCUGCUGAUGUUUCUAUUCAUACUGUUCUCCCUGAUGGCACAGAAAUUGAGCUUGAUGGCCUGGAAGGAAACACAACUCCAAAUAUAGGAACUGAUAAAGCUGCUGAUGCUGAGGCUAGCAACAAGAACUCUCCUAUGGAAUGCGAUCCAGAGGAUGCGGGCGCAGAGCCAGGCAAUGUAAAAUUCUCUGGGGUGAAUGAUUUGCUAAGGCCUUUCUUCAGGAUUCUAGCUGGAUCUACUACUUGUAAACUGAAAUUGAGCAAAAGUAUCUGUAAACAGGUAUUGGAAGAAAGAAAUGGGGCGGAGGACACACAGGCUGCAUCGACUUCUGGUACAUCUGUACGCUGUUCAGUUUUUAAAGAAGAUGCUCAUGCUGCAAUACUGGAUGAAAAAGAACUAGAAGUGUCCUUUGACAACUUCCCAUACUAUUUAAGUGAGAAUACAAAAAAUGUCCUGAUUGCAGCUUGCUUUAUACACCUGAAGCAUAAAGAACAUGCAAAGUACACCACAGAUCUUACCACCGUAAAUCCUCGUAUUCUACUUUCAGGACCUGCAGGGUCAGAAAUAUAUCAGGAGAUGCUUGUAAAAGCACUUGCUAAAUACUUUGGUGCUAAAUUGCUCAUAUUUGAUAGCCAGUCACUUUUGGGUGGUUUAUCUUCUAAGGAAGCUGAACUGCUCAAAGAUGGAUUUAAUGCUGAGAAAUCUUGCAGUCCUACAGCCACAGACGCGACUAAGCGCACGGAUCCACCAGCUAGUGAAAUAGAUACACCUAGCUCUUCAAAUGCACCUACUCCACAUGGCCUUGAAUCUCAAGCUAAGUUGGAAACUGAUAGUGUACCGUCAACGUCUGGGACACCUAAAAAUUGCUUGUUUAAACUGGGCGACCGGGUUAAGUAUAGUCCAUCUUCGGGUUGUUUGUAUCAGACAUCUUCUUCAAGGGGUCCAUCUAAUGGAAGUCGAGGGAAAGUUGUCUUAAUUUUCGAUGAUAAUCCAUUGUCAAAAAUUGGUGUAAGAUUUGAUAAACUUAUACCUGAUGGGGUUGAUCUUGGAGGUGCCUGUGAGGGGGGUCAAGGAUUUUUCUGCAACGUCACUGAUCUUCGAUUGGAAAACAGUGGCAUUGACGAACUCGACAAAUUACUUAUUAAUACAUUGUUUGAGGUUGUAACUAGUGAGAGUAGAAAUUCACCUUUCAUUUUGUUCAUGAAAGAAGCAGAAAAGUCUAUAGUAGGAAAUGGAGACCCAUAUUCAUUUAAAAGUAAGCUUGAAAUGCUUCCCGACAAUGUGGUGGUAAUAGGUUCACACACUCACACCGACAAUCGAAAGGAGAAGUCACAUCCUGGGGGUUUGCUUUUUACAAAGUUUGGCAGCAAUCAGACUGCCCUCCUUGACUUGGCUUUCCCGGAUAGUUUCGGAAGAUUACAUGAUAGGGGUAAAGAAGUCCCAAAACCAAACAAAACUUUGACCAAGUUAUUUCCAAAUAAAGUAACAAUUCACAUGCCACAGGAUGAGGCACUUCUAGCAUCAUGGAAACAGCAACUUGAUCGAGAUGUGGAGACUCUUAAAGUCAAAGGAAAUUUGCACCAUUUGCGCACCGUUUUAAGCCGCAGUGGGAUGGAAUGUGAAGGACUCGAGGCCUUGGGUGUCAAUGAUCUGACACUUACAAAUGAAAAUUCAGAGAAGAUUGUUGGUUGGGCUUUAAGCCACCAUCUGAUGCAGAAUUCAGAAGUUGACGCUGAUGCAAAGCUUGUGUUGUCUUGUGAGAGCCUCCAGUAUGGAAUUGGGAUCUUACAAGCUAUCCAGAAUGAGUCGAAGAGCCUAAAGAAGUCUCUUAAGGAUGUUGUAACAGAAAACGAGUUUGAAAAGAGGCUUUUGGGUGAUGUUAUUCCACCUAGCGACAUUGGUGUUACUUUUGAUGAUAUUGGAGCUCUUGAAAAUGUUAAGGAUACAUUGAAGGAAUUGGUGAUGCUUCCUUUACAGAGGCCCGAGCUUUUUUGCAAGGGGCAGUUAACCAAGCCAUGCAAGGGCAUCCUAUUAUUUGGUCCCCCGGGAACAGGUAAGACAAUGCUUGCCAAGGCAGUUGCUACCGACGCUGGUGCAAACUUCAUCAAUAUUUCCAUGUCAAGCAUCACAUCUAAGGUUAGAUUCGCUUCACUUUUUUUAUUUUAUUCUCUUUUUUUUAUCAGUUCAUUGUUCAUCUUGACUAGUAUUCUCCACAUUUUCCUUCAGUGGUUUGGUGAGGGUGAAAAAUACGUCAAAGCUGUUUUCUCCCUGGCAAGUAAAAUUGCUCCCAGUGUGAUAUUUGUUGAUGAAGUUGAUAGCAUGUUGGGCCGGAGGGAAAAUCCAGGGGAGCAUGAGGCCAUGCGAAAGAUGAAAAAUGAAUUCAUGGUGAACUGGGAUGGCUUACGUACAAAGGAUACUGAACGUGUUCUUGUGCUCGCAGCCACCAAUAGACCUUAUGACCUUGAUGAGGCUGUCAUACGAAGGCUGCCUCGGAGAUUAAUGGUAAAUUUACCAGAUGCUCCAAAUAGAGCAAAAAUAUUGAAAGUUAUACUGGCAAAAGAGGACCUGUCUUCUGAUGUUGAUCUGAGUGCAAUUGCAAGUAUGACUGACGGAUAUUCUGGAAGUGAUCUUAAGAACUUAUGUGUAACCGCCGCACACCGUCCUAUUAAAGAGAUACUAGAAAAGGAAAAAAAGGAACUUGCUGCUGCUCUAGCAGAAGGUAGACCUGCACCUGCAUUACGUGGAAGUGAUGAUAUCCGAUCUUUAAACAUGGAAGACUUCAAACAUGCUCACCAACAGGUAUGUGCAAGUGUUUCCUCUGAAUCUGUAAAUAUGACAGAGCUUGUUCAAUGGAAUGAACUCUACGGUGAAGGUGGUUCAAGAGUUAAGAAAGCACUAAGUUAUUUCAUGUGAGUUUCUCAUUUGUACAAAAUGUUCCCCCCAUCACUGCCUCCUGCAGAAAGCAUGCGUAUUUGUAGUUUUGCUCGUCUGUUGAGACUUGCAGGGCUUGCUGCUGAGCCAUUUCGUUGUAAAAUGAAAUAUAGGUUUUCUAUGUUAUUUAUUUUUUGUUACCUGUGGGAUGGUGGGUUUUGAAAGGAGUGGAGCUUUAGUGAAAUUUGGCAAAGGCUCUGCUUAUUAUUAUUUUGUUCCUCGUCCCCCGACUACCAAUGCAGAAGAUGUGUUGAAAGUUUUUUUUUAUUUCUAAGUGUCGCUAGAGAACAUGACCCUGUGAAAAUAUUGUUCACUCCUAAUGGAAUUUGCUGAAACAAUAUACAUUUAGAUCAU